AUGGCAUCGUCUUCGUCGUCGCCGACCAGCAGCAGUACAACUACCACAGCAACAUUGAGCUACGAUGAGAAAGAGGCGUUGAUGAACGAAGAGCGUCGAUUCAAAUCGCCUGAUCCGGCGCCACCGAUCGACGCCGAACUCGAUGCCAAUAGUUUGCCGUCGAUGCUUGAAGAAGAUCCCAAUGGUAAUGUUUCGUCAUGCGAUUUGGGAUUCCAGGCGCCAAGAUGGGGUCCGCAGCAUGCGGGUGCCAAAAAAUUGGCAUCGAUGUACAGCAAAGAAAAAAGACGACAGGAAAUUGCUUCAACGAUCAUUGGAAUCACUCUUUUCGCCGUCGUCUUCGUCAAUUUGCUAUGGAGUUGGGAUUCGUCGAUCUGGAAAUCCGUUCUCUUCUAUGCACUUCUUGGAGUGAUGACUGCUGAUUUCGCGUCGGGUUUGGUGCAUUGGGGUGCAGACACAUUUGGUAGUGUCGAGACGUGGUUCGGACGGUGCUUUAUUCGUCCAUUCCGCGAGCAUCAUGUCGACCCAACUGCCAUCACGAGGCACGAUUUUAUCGAGGUGAACGGCGACAACUUCCUCUUGUGUAUAGGUCCGCUAUUCUGGAUUUCGUAUCAACAAUUUACUUAUGACAACGAGGAACUCACUCGGUGGGCUUCGUUUCAUUGGUACGUGCUGCUGCUCGGAAUAUAUGUGGCACUGACGAAUCAGAUUCACAAAUGGUCGCAUACCUAUUUUGGACUUUCAAAGUUCGUUGUUUUCUUACAAAAAGCACAUAUCAUAUUGCCGCGUAGUCAUCACAAGGUUCACCAUAUCUCGCCGCACGCGUGUUACUACUGUAUUACGACUGGUUGGCUCAAUUAUCCGCUUGAAAUGAUUGGUUUCUGGAGAAAAAUGGAAUGGCUGGUAACGAAAUUGACCGGAAUGCAGCCACGUGAGGACGACCUCAAAUGGGCGACAAAAUUGAAUUGA